GAGGAGGGAAACAAACAAACGCUGCCUCUUUCAUCUUUGGAACCUGCAUUGCGCAUAAAUAUCCCUUCUCCCUUCAUCUACUGCCUCACCAACACUCCUCGUUUCUCUAAUUCUCCAUUAUUACACUUUACUCUAAAUAUAAUUAAUAACUUAGCUAGCUAGCAAGUUUGAUUCCCACCAUAUAUAUAUAUAUAUAUUGUGACGCUGCCAUUGGUGGGAGGUGGUAGCGUACUGCAGUGAUCAUAAUUUAACAAAUUAAUUAGGGAGGAAUUAACGAUGAAGGAUGUGUGCAAUGUGGUGCAGGGGUUGAAACCUGUGCUGCUAAUGGUAAUGGUGCAGAUAACAUUUGCAGGGGUCAAUGUCUUCUACAAGCUCGCCGUAAACGAUGGCAUGAGCUUGAGGGUCGUUGUUGCCUACCGCUUUGUAUUCGCCACAGUUUUCAUAGCUCCACUUGCUCUCAUCGUUGAAAGGAAGAAGAGGACAAAGAUGACUUGGACGGUACUGUUUCAGUCAUUUCUUUGCGGCUUAUUUGGGGGAUCAUUAGCUCAAAAUUUCUACUUGCAAGCCCUGGCUUUAACUUCUGCAACGUUUGCAUCUGCAAUGUCUAACCUUUUACCAGGCAUAACAUUUAUCUUGGCCGUUUGCUUCGGUUUAGAAAGAUUAAAUUUGACAACAGCAGCAGGGAAGGCCAAAAUAGUGGGUACAUUAAUUGGAAUUGGUGGAGCAAUGGUACUUACUUUCGUUAAAGGUGAGGAAAUCGAAUUGGGGUCCUUUCAUUUGAACCUUUUGCAUCCCCCAAACGGAACGCACGCACACGCUACUACCGGGGCUGAUACCCUCUUGGGUUCUCUGUGCGCCCUGGGUAGUGGCAUCAGCUAUGCAUUGUGGCUCAUCAUUCAGGCCAAGAUGAUUGAAAGAUACCCUAGUCCUUACUCAAGCACGGCGUUGAUGUCACUUUGGGGGUCACUGCUGUCCAUUGUGUUUGCACUUUGCGUUGAGAGGGACUGGAGCCAGUGGAGGUUGGGUUGGAAUAUUAGGCUUUUGACUGCAGCAUAUACGGGUAUUGUGGUUUCUGGGGUGAUGGUGGUUGUGAUUUCAUGGUGCGUCCACAUGAGAGGCCCAUUGUUUGUCUCUGUUUUUAGCCCCCUGAUGCUCGUGAUGGUGGCCUUGGCUGGUCCUACGAUGUUGAACGAGAAGCUACACCUUGGAUGCGCUAUUGGAACAGUGCUGAUUGUGUGUGGCUUAUAUGUGGUAUUAUGGGGUAAAAGUAAAGAGAUGAAGAAGAAGAAUCAAUUAGUGCCAGCACAAAGCCCCCAUGACAAUGAAUCUAAUACGGUCGAAAUAGUGGUGAGGUCUGCACAAGAAGAUAAAAGCAACCGAAAUAAAACCCAUGAAAUUGUUGCAAAAGUAGGUAGGGAUAAUAACGAUUCAUUGGCGGAUGGACACCAAGAGCAUUGCUCUUGUUCACAUGAACAAAAUCAGGGAAACAACGGAGGAGAAGAAGAAAAUUCUAAUGCUUCACAUGCCCAAGUUUUUAACAUAUGAUUUUAAAUUCUACGAAUAGAUAGAUUAGAAAAAACAAAGGAAAGCUUGCCAUCCUUCUCCAAUCAAACCAACGUGCUAAGCAUUUUUGGUAGUGUUGGAAGAUGGAAAGCACUUUUUAAUCAGUAAGUUAAAAUAUCUUCAUUGCUUAAAUAUUCACACAUGGCUUAAUGGCUUUACUUAAAUGAUUCAUUACUAAUCUAACAAUUAAGUUUUGUGCUUGUUUGAUAUCAUUACUAAUAUGACAAUUAAAUACAAUUACGAUU